AGAGAAAGAGAGAGAGAGAGACACACACACACACACACACCUCUACACGCUCCUGCCUGAAGACAUCAUUAUCCCUCACUGUUCACUGAGCAGUGUGUAUGUGUGCACUAGGACGAUAGAGAGACCUCUUUACUCCACACACACAGGACAGAUGGCCGGUUUAAGGAGUGCAGUGCUUCUCCACGUCCUGCUCUUCGUCUUGGCGGGAUGCUGCGGUGUCCAGGGCGCUGUGCGGAGCGGAAAAGAGCCGGACAAUACCGGCGGCAAUUUCCUGGAAGACGAGCAAUGGCUGUCUACUAUCUCCCAGUACAGCCGCAAGAUAAAGCACUGGAACCGCUUCAGAGACGAUGACUACGUCAGAAGUGUGGACGAUCCCCAGGGAUCCGAGGAAAGUCUGGACACAACCAAGGACCCGUGCCAGAAGGUGAAAUGUAGCUGGAACAAAGUGUGUGUGUCCCAGAACUACCAGAGACCCAUGUGCAUCAACCGCAAGAAAGUGGAACACAGGAUCAGGCAGCCUGAACCGAAUCCUCACGCAAGCAGCUGUAAACCAUGUCCCCUGUCAGCCUCAAACCCUGUGUGCGGAUCUGAUGGACAUAACUAUGCUUCACAGUGUAAGCUGGAGCAGCAGGCGUGUUUGAGUGGUAAAACGCUAGCUGUUAAGUGUGCAGGACCCUGUCCAUGUAUUAGUGAGCCUGUUCCAAACCCUGAGACAGAAACACCUUCUGUUGCCAAAGCAGAGAGCUGCACGGGUCAGGACUUGGCAGAUUUAGGGGACAGGCUCAGGGACUGGUUCCAGCUUCUCCAUGGCAAUGCUAAAAUGAACAGCUCUGGCAGACAGGGAUCGGGAACAGCUUCAGUGUUUGAGAAGAACUUGGUGGCAGGCUGCAAGGACUCCAUUGGCUGGAUGUUCUCCAAGCUGGACACCAGCAACGACCUCUACCUGGACCACUCUGAGCUGGCUGCUAUAAACCUGGAGAAGUACGAAGUGUGUAUCAGACCGUUCUUCAACUCCUGCGACUCGUACCAUGAUAACAAGGUCUCCAUGGCUGAGUGGUGCCUCUGCUUCUGGAGGGAGAAACCCCCCUGUCUGGCUGAGAUUGAGAGACUCCAAGUGAAGGAGGUAGCCAAGAGGAAACCAGGUAUGUUCAUCCCGAGCUGUGAUGAAGAUGGCUAUUACAGGAAGCUACAGUGUGACCAAAGCAGAGCAGAAUGCUGGUGUGUUGAUCUACAUGGCACUGAGGUCACCGGUUCACGAGUUCGUGGCAAGCCUGACUGUGAUGAGUUAGUGGGCUACUCUGGAGACUUUGGCAGUGGAGUAGGAUGGGAAGAUGAAGAAGAGAAAGAGACAGAGGAAAACGCAGAAGAGGCUGAAGAAGAAGAGGAACCCGAACCGGAAGAGACUGAUGAUGGAGGAUACAUCUGGUAGACAGAGAACACCAUUUUCAUCGCACUUGUGCUCCUUGAAGCCCAUUUGUUAUCAGUCUUAAUUCAUUUAAAUAGCAUAUUGCUUGAAGGAAGCUGUUGGAAAGGCUUUAAUGGGCGAUUUUGACACAUUUAUUCUGGGUUUCAGUUUUAUUCUUCGAAUUCUCAUGCUGAUGCUUUCUGAAAACAUACAAAUCUGAUCAGGUAUAAAAAACAAACAAAAAAAAGAAUAAGCUAUUUGAACUUGAAAUGAUCACAUUUAAGCAUUAAAUCAUGUUGCCUAUCUUAGCUUGUAGUGACAUAAUGUGCUGAGUAUAAUGUGUUAAUCAUUAAUCAAAUCUAAAACAGUGAAGUGAAUGGAAAUCUGCGCCGCUGCUAGAAAGUAAGACUCGGGAAGGUGCUUGCUGUAACUGAGACGCUUAUCCACCUGACCUGUAGAUCAGUACAUUAAACUCUGACCGAGAGGAAUUUGAAGAGACACUGAUAGGUUUUUAUUCCGAUAUACAAUAUGCUUCAUGUUUGCUCGUAUAAUAUCUGCACAGGAAGUGUCUCAGCUGUGCUGGAGGAACAACCGGUAACGUUGAAUUUAUUUGUGUAAUUAACUCUCUCUGUUAAACAGACACAAGGUUGCCUCUGUAGAGUUUCCUAUUCAAACUGACCUACAAUAUAUUUCCGUCCACUAUACUGUAACUACUAUAACUUUAAUUAUACAUUUAUAGAAAACCAAAAACAGAACCAAUUAUUAUUAUAACUAAUAUAUUUUAGGAUCAGGAGUCGAAUGUUUCACUACCACACUUAGAUUUCUGAUGGAUGAGAAUGACCAUAAUAACAAGAAUUUUUGAUUUUCUUACACACGGUAUUUACACAUCUGAUGAUGAUGGUGGUCAUUUUCUUGAACGUCUUUUGUUUUCUUUCUACUGUAUUUGAAAAACUGUGUGAUUUUCUUAUGCUUUUGGCAAGAUAUGUGAGAUGGGUCGAUAGUUUUUACAGUAAUUGCAUGUUAGUUAAGAAGAAUGUACAGUUACUGUAUGAAUGUUGAAUAUUAUGGCUCUCUGGUGUGACCUCCUUUUGUUCUUCAUCUCAUUGUGAGUAAUCGUGAUAGACAGUGACAGUCACAGCAGUCCAGACCUGAUGUCCGAAUGACAAACAAACAAACAAACAAACGUUAUUGUUAAUGAUAUAUUAAGUUGUGUUUAGAUUGUUAUACAUGUCUUUUAAUACAUGGGAAAGUACUGUAUAUUGUGACAUUUUGAAGGGAACGUCUCAUUUCGAAUGAAACAACCAGAACAAAGAGUCCAAGAAUGUUCAAGCUGUGUACACCAUGUAAACAUAAUAAAAGGACUAUUUACUCCUACAGAGACUUGCUAGAGGAAUGGUUAGAAGAACCGCGUAGCAGCUUUGUAAUGCCACAUAUUCUGUUGUGAACGUCAGAUUUAAACGGCGCUGCUGCCUUCUUUCAUGAAUUUUACGACAAAACAGGAUCAUGGAAAGAUAAUAUAGUGUACAAACAUAGCUACCCGCCUCAGUUUAUUGUGAUUAUGCUUGUGUCAUCACUGUAUGUGAAGUCGCUCAUGCGGUGUGUUAUACAGAGCUGCUGGAACAGGUUGAAUCGACGCUCUUUAAUGUAACGUGAGAGAAUGUACGAGAAACAUUCGAGAUUGUGAUUAGUUGAUGCCCCACAUCACUUCAUGCUGAAUUAAGGCUUGCAGAAGAGAGAUGCACACACACACACACACACUGUAGUUGAUACACUGUAAAUGCUACCUGUAUUUAAUUUUGCAUUCAAUUCUGUAUGGGAGGGAGGGGACUGAUUGAAAUCUAAACAAUCUAAACAAAUUGGAAUCGUUUUAGAAUUUGGGUAAACACAUAUUUGGGUCAGAAAUAAGGAAGAAUAAAACCCUCCACACGUUCUCUCGCUUCACAUUAACACCGAGCUGCUACUGUGUACUCAUUGCUGCUUAGCUCAGCUCGUGACAUGUUUUCUCACUGUGUUUGAUAUUUGAUAAUAAACCAGCACUGGAAAUCA